AUGUCUGGAAGCGCGGGCUACGACCGACAUAUCACCAUCUUCUCCGACCAGGGUCGCCUGUACCAAGUCGAGUAUGCCUUCAAAGCCAUCACUUCUGCCAAUAUCACCUCCAUUGGUGUGCGGGGGAAGGACUGCGCUGUAGUACUCUCUCAGAAGAAAGUGGCUGACAAACUGAUCGACCCAUCCUCUGUUUCACAUGUCUUCAAGAUCUCGCCGUCCGUAGGUUGCGUGAUGACUGGCUCCAUAGCAGAUGCCCGUGCCUCUGUCGACCGAGCUCGCGGUGAGGCUGCUGAGUUCCGUUACAAGUUCGGAUAUGAAAUGCCCUGCGAUGUGCUGGCGAAGCGUUUGGCAAAUAUCAACCAAGUCUACACACAACGAGCAUACAUGCGACCACUCGGUGUGGCCACGACCCUGAUCUCCGUGGACGAUGAGAACGGCCCGCAGCUCUACAAGUGCGACCCGGCUGGCUACUACGUCGGGUACAAAGCGACGGCCUCCGGACCUAAGCAGCAGGAGGCGCAGAAUUACUUGGAGAAGAAGCUGAAGAACAAGGAUGCGGCUCCCGGUAACUGGGAGGAGGUGGUAGAGCUCGGCAUCACGGCUCUGAGCAAUGUACUGAGCGUUGACUUCAAGAAGCACGAGCUGGAGAUUGGCAUUGUAGGUGGGCCUCAGACAGACGGCAAGGAGGGUACUACUACGGCGUUCCGAGCAUUGACUGAGGAGGAGAUUGAUGAGCGGCUACAAGCCAUAGCGGAGAAAGACUAA